CGAGCCCUCCACUGAAGGUAUGCUGACAGGGAAGUCUUGCAAGGCCAAGAAAAAGCCUACAUGUGCCCGGAAACAGAAGAAGUGCUCGAAGCCUAAGAAGACGUGCAAGUCAAAACCUAAGAAAACCUGCAAGCCCGGUCCUAUUAUGAAUAAUGGAUACUUUAACUUCGUGCGUGCCUACCGGGAAAAACACAGUUCCAUGAAGCCACAGGAACUGAUUAGAAGGGCGGCCAGAGCCUGGUGCCGUUUAUCCGAGGAAAAAAAAAAUAUAUACCGGCGCAUGGCUUGCAAAGUUACAACUAGUGAAAGACAUAAAAGACGCAAAGUGUGCAAUCCUGAAAAAUGCGAGAAAUAUUAGGUGGCUCAUCUAAGUCUUCUUCAAUCAAUCCCCG